GUGUUUGUGUGUGUGUGUGUGUGUCUCCUCAUCAGACACACCAACGUGAGACGUGCUGGAUAACGGGAUUUGUUUUUAGCCGUAGAAAGUUUCAUUCCACGUCUCAGUUCUCGUUUGGACGCUGCACGGCGUCCAUCAUUGACAUUCCGCGGUGACCACGCCGUGUUUAUGAGUUGAGCGAGACAGAAUAGGUUUCUUCUGGAGAGUGUCCUCUUCCCCUCCCCUCGAUGAAGAGCUGCGAUGCCCUCUGAUUUUAUAUCCCUCCUCAGCUCCGACCUCGACCUCAAUUCGCCCAAAUCGCUCUACUCUAAAGAAUCGGUAUAUGACCUCCUUCCCAAAGAGCUCCAGCUGCAGUCGUCGUCCACCCAGACAGACCCAGCCACCAUGAGUCAGAAGAGUGGGGGAGAAGCGGGCCCUCCUCCAUCAGCGGCACUGGCUUCAGAUGCCACCUCUUCCACCUCCAGCCCAUCCGCUUCCUCGUCUUUGGCCAUGGGAGCACCAUGCUCUGGUCUGUCUGCGCUGUCAUCGGAGCACCUCAAGCUUCCUCAACAUCUUCAACCUGCUGCAGGGGAGGGAGCUGGGAGCUCGGAGCGUUUGGAAGGAGCGAUGGUGGUCACCAACAGAAGCAGCGGUGGAGGAAGCGCGGCAGCAGGAGAAGCAGGGUCGACAGGGAUUGGAAUCCAGCAAGCUCAGAGCACCCCAUCAAAACGAAGGCCUGUACUGAGUAUAUCUCCACCGCCAGAAGACCUGUUUGAUGACAGCCAGAUGUCCUGCCAAGAUGAGCCCUCUGUAUCUGGACUGCCGGACUCCGAACACAGCAGCAGCAUGUGGGCCGAUGAAUCUCUGUCCAACUUCAGCUUGGUUAGCUCCAUAUCCUAUAACGACAACACGGAGGUGCCACGCAAGUCCAGAAAACGGACUCCACGCCAGCGACCUGGUCCAAAGCCCACUCCUCCUGAGGACAGCAUGGAUGUCUUUGAUGCGGACAGCGCCAAGGCACCUCACUUUGUGCUUUCUCAGCUCGGGUCUGACAAAAACAGUCCAAUAGCCAGCUCUCUGGAGUCAGGAAGUGCUGUGAAAAGAGGACUGCUGACUGCUCAGUUCCCUCAAAGGAGCGAUGGGAAGGAGUUAAAGAUUAUAGUUCAGCCGGAGACGCAACACAGGGCUCGCUAUCUGACAGAGGGCAGCCGAGGUUCUGUCAAAGACCGUACACAACAAGGAUACCCCACCAUCAAGUUGGAAGGCGUGAGUGACCCAGUGGUGCUGCAGGUGUUUGUAGCGAAUGAUGCGGGCAGAGUGAAGCCGCAUGGUUUCUACCAGGCAUGCAGAGUCACAGGACGCAACACGACUGCCUGUAAGGAGGUGGACAUUGAAGGCACCACGGUCAUUGAGAUCCCCCUUGAACCCACCAAUGACAUGACACUUGCUGUGGACUGUGUGGGGAUUCUGAAGCUGCGUAACGCGGAUGUGGAGGCCCGUAUUGGUGUGGCGGGAUCCAAGAAGAAAAGCACCCGUGCCAGACUGGCCUUCAGAGUCAGCAUACCCCAACAGGAUGGAUCUGUUCUCACACUGCAGGUCCCGUCAUCACCAAUUCUCUGCACCCAGCCAGCAGGGGUGCCAGAGAUCCUGAAGAAAAGUCUCCACAGCUGCUCAGUGAGAGGUGGAGAAGAAGUGUUCAUCAUAGGAAAGAACUUCCUCAAAGGAACCAAAGUUGUUUUUCAGGAAAACGUUGCAGAUGACUCGUCCUGGCAAGCUGAGGCAACUAUAGACAUGGACCUUUUCCAUCAGAACCAUUUAAUAGUGACCGUCCCACCGUUCCACAACCAGUCGAUCUCAUCUCCGGCUUCCGUGGGAAUCUUUGUGAUGACCAACGCAGGAAAAUCUCACGAGCCGCAGCCGUUCACUUACACUCCAGACACAGCUAACGACCCAAACGCCACCGUUAUCAAGACAGAGGCCGCUUCACUCGUCAACACCUGCAUAUUCGAUGUCCAGAUCAAAACCGACUUGAGUGAGAACCCUGCUGAGCCUUGCAAACGCCAAGACGACACGCCGAUGGAGGUGUCCAGCAAUCCACCGCCCUCAGAUGUUUUUAAGCCGUCCUCCGACCCACUGGCCUCUGUACAGCAGACAUUGGAAAUGACCUCUAGUCCAGGGGGCGACACGUUCCAGAGUUCCAUUCCCCUACAGUCAGAGGACGUAGAGCUCCCGCAGGCUCUUCCUGUGUUCCAAAACCUGGAGCCUCUGGGCACCCUUCAAAAGCAAGAUAUUGUACCUACAGCAACCUUCCCAGUGGCUGGAGAUCCAACAAUUCCACCUGUCACCCCAGAGGUUCCUCAGCAGUUCCUCCGAGACCCACAGGAGAGCCUGCCUGCUGAAGCUUCCAACAGCAGUGGAGCAGUUGUAGUUGUCACUAUGCCUCAAUUAUCUUCGCCCUCUCAGCAACAGGCCCAACCAUCUCCAGUUCCAUUAUUCCCCCAGGAAGAAGUGAGCCAACUAGAGAUGGCCGUUCGGGAAAUCCGUGCCGGAAAUAACCCAACUCUCCAGCAGGUUUUGGAGGCAGCACAGCAACAGCUGAACUCGGUUCUGUACAGCCCCACGCCCUCCGCGGACUCCCUGCAGCAGCACGUACAGGAGAACAUGAACAGCCUUCGACUGGGGAACACAGAGAAUUCGCUCUCGCCGCAGCAGCAGCUGCAGUUGCAGCAGCAUCAGCAGCAAAUACAACAGCAGCAACAGAUGCAACAACAACACUUGCAUCAGCAGCAACAAAUACAGCAACAACAACAAGUACAACAGCAGCAGCAACAGAUACAACAACAAAUGCAGUUCCAACAGCAUCAACAGUUGCAGCAGCAGCAGAUCAUUGACAGCCUUCAACAACAGCAACAGCAGCAGCAGCAGCAACAGCAGCAGCAGCAGGUUAUGGGAUCCAUCCAGAUUCAACAACAACUCCUUCUUCAGCCUCAAGACCAACAGCAACUGCAACAACAACAAAUCAUCGAGAACAUUCAACAGCAACAGUUGCAACAAAGUCAGCAACAAGUCUUGAACAACAUCCAGCUUCAGGAUCAGACACUUAAUUUGCAACAGCUUCAGCAGCAGAAUCAAAGCUUAAACAACUUGCAGGAGCAGCAGGUUCUGGAGAACCUACAGCAGCGCCUCCAGGCCGAGCUGCUGCAGCCUCAGAUCCACCAGGCUCCUCAAGUACAGCAACCCGUUUCCAUUCUGCAACAAGCCGGCGAGCUGCUUACCAUUCAGACCAGCUUCCCAACGCCGCCUCCGUCUCACACCUCUCCCCCCCAGCAGCUCUUCCAGUCCCCAAGACCCCUUGAAGAGACCCAGAGCGCCCAGCAGCAGCAGGUCCAGGCUGCUCUCAUUCACAACAGGCUUUCGGUUCUGACCAGUGGCGGUCUUAACUCAGAGCAGCAGUCUGCUGGCUCAACUCUGUACAUGACCACCCAAAACCCACAGUCACACCAGCAGCCACAGCUGGCGUUCAUCUCAUCCAUGGACACCUCCUCGAGUCAGACCCAACCCGUUGCAGUGUUCCAGAACCAGUCACCAGCUCAGAUAUCCCAAAUACAACAACAGAGCACUCCCAUGGAGCAGCAGCAGUCUCCCCACCAGAACCAGCAGCAGCCGGCGCAGAUGCCAAUCAGCCAACAAGGCUCUUUGUUCCAAAGUCUCCAAACCCACUCCCAGGGAAACCCAGUCCCCCAAGCCCAAACCACCGGCUUGCUCCUCUGCACCGCAGACCUAAAUCCACAGGCCAUCGCUCCAACAAUCCUCUUCAACACUCGGUCACAAGACCCCUCUGCUAUGGAAAGCAUGAAUGUUGGAAUUCCCCAAACUGAGACCACAGAGCCAAUGUCCUUCCAGGACCAGAGCUCUUCAGGCAGCAGCUCCACGUCAACCCAGAACCAGGCGCAGAACCUGUUCCAGGAACAGCAGCCAAUGCAAGUUGGCUUGAGCACAAGCGGCGUUCCCAACAGUCAACCCGUGGAGCUGUUCCUGCCUCAGACGUCUCUGUCCAGCAUUCACAGCACCAUUGGCUCCCAGGAGCUGAGCAGCCAGGCCACGGCCCCCAACACCACCAUCUUUGUUGUGCAGGGAGGGGUUAGCGUGGUCGCAAGUCCUGGCCAGCAGCCUCCGGAGCAGCUUUUCCAGACCGCAGUCGGGGGGAACGUCGCUCCACAGGGACCGCCCAACCUGUUUGUGUUUGGCAUCCAGAACGAAACCCCACAGCUCCUCAACUCCUCUGGACCAAGCUUACCGUCUCAGAAUCAGGCCCAGAACUCUGCUCACAUGCAGCCUCUGAUGGACCAGUCUAUAUCUCAGGCUGCGACCCAAAUCCCAGUGGCCAUGCACAGCAACUUGCAGAACUCCCUUCAGGCACAAUUACAGUCGAGCUUGGAGAACGCCAUGCAGACCAACACGCAGACAGCUCUGCAGGCCACCAUGGAGAGCGGCCUGACGACCCCCAUGCAGACCAACCUCCCCGCACAGAUACAGGGCAGCUUACAGAAUUCUCUGCAGGCCACAUUAUCGGCAUCGUCCAACAUGGACAAGAUCGAGGACAUCCUGGAAAGCUUGCAGAAGCAGUGACGAACACGAGUCGUGAGUUUUAUAGCUGAGCAGCAAACAUCGCAGUGACACUUGGUGAAAGAGAAAAUGAAAUAUUUAAAACUCCUUUUCCUUAGACCCCCAAAUUUAAGCCCAUGUAUCUCAUUUUAUAUAAAUAUUUAUCAUAAGUUAUGGUCUUCGUACAGCCAGUCCGCUUUAGUUAAGUCUCGGAAGCCGGUGGUUCCAGCGGCUUCAUCCGUCAGUCUCCAAGAUGCAGUGUUCCGUGUUGAAGAUGAGCAGCAGAGAGUCUAUUUUAAUCAGAUAUUAACUGAAUGUUGGUAGAGGAGCUGGGUUCUCUAGAGGGGCUUUAAAACUGCAGCGUUUCAUUUCUGCCUGAUUCCUGUGGGGAAAACACUUUGAGCACAACAGGUCUAUUUCAUGCACAGACACAAAGGUUGACCGUCACUCGCAACAUUAGCACUUUGAAUCGUCAUCUCCGCUGAGAACACUGAAUUCACACGAGGAAGAUGUUUAGAGGGACAACAUUGAUCACAUAUUCACAAAUGUAUACCAUUCACUGCGAUAGUCCUUGUGUGUUGCUUAUUAAAGAUGUGUGGUAUUGUAGCAUCGGAGACAAAAAACCUAGCUUUAAAUUCACUUUUUGGAAAGGUGGAAGGGCAACCAGCACCCAAUUGUUACUGUCUUCCCUUUAGCAGCGGCUGUUUACAUUGUCUCUACAGCCAGCAGAACACACAGUAGUAAGAGUUGUCAUUGGACAAAAGUCAACUAGCUGGUCUGAGCAACUAGCAAUCUGAGUCCACCGAUUAAAGUAGGAUCUAAUGUACUUAACCCUUAUUUAGCAGAGUGAACCCUGAGAUGUUCCAAGGCUGGGGUUGGUUUCUGCCACUAAAACACCAAACAGGUUUUGACUUUUCAGAUGGCGCUCCGUCCUCACAUCAGCUCUAAAGCCAAAAGUAGUGAUGCAAAAUGUAUUGGUCCUUUGUUUCUGAGGAACUGUGUUGGAUUGUUUUGGACAUUUUAAAACUCAGUUGCAAAUAAAGGAACAUGCUAUUCAAGUGGGAAAUUUGAUGGAAGAAUUCACCGUGGAUUUGAAAGGAAGCCCGAGGUGAAUGUCGUUGAUGUUUGUUGUGGUGCUCAAAGAUGAUUUCAGUUCAGGACUGAGGCAGAACUUUGGCGCCGUAGAGACCAGAUUGUCUCUGAGAGUCACGUAGAACAAUUAGAGAAGAAAACGUUCUAAACUUAUUUUCCAAUGGAGAACAAAGAAUGAUCCAUCUGUUACAAGACCUGGAUUUACUCUGAGAGUAACACAUUAAAUUAAGUAUAUUUCUAGAAUGUCGCGCCCCCCCCUCCCCUAAUCGGCCCUGGCACGGCGGGAUUAUCACUGCACUUUGUUUGGAUGCUAAAAAAAAUGACAUUUUGGAUCAAAACGAAGAGGGAAUAUUAUUAUGACGGUGGUCUUUGUCUCUAUGGGGUGUUUAGUGCGUGCAACUAUGAAGUCGUUUUUUUUUUUCUUGUUGUUGUUUUGGAGAUUUUAAGUGAUAUUCCCAAUUUCAGUGUGGACAGAAGUGAGCUGUCGUGUGGUUUUAUAAACAUUUUAUCUGAAGCACUUUAUAACCUCGUUUUGUGUAACCAGCUAAUCCUUAUAUCCGUCCACAACUCUUGUCUGGUUUCCACGUUCGAGUCGGUUCAUGGCAACGUGUGCAGAACGCCUGUUUGAAGCGCUCUUUGUAUCCAGUCAGCGGUCCAGCGAGUCUGUCCAGAAGACGCAGGGAGUUCCCACAGAGGCAGCGUCGGAGCGGUCAGUGGGGCUUUUGUGUGGCCAAACACUUCAGAUUACACUUCUUUGUGCAUUCAGGUGAAGGAUUUCAUCGACUUGUUCUUUGUAGCUCUUAGAUUCCGCCGUUUGUGUGUCGUUCUGGCUGGCGCCCUGUGAAGUCCAGCACCGGUCUGGAUAUGUGUGAAGCGACUCGCAAAUGAACCUGUUACGCUGCCAUUCAAAUCUAAGGUGCUAUGACCAGGAGUGACGGAAACUUCUGAGGUGACAAAGACGGUUUCUUCUUAUAUAGCACUGGUGUUGUUUGUUUCUAGAGCUGGCUGUUGUCGUGGGGUCAGUCUGGACGCUGCCAGACAUACCAAAGCUCCCGUUGUUGUCAUCGCUGCCAUCUUGUCUCGUGAUAUGAUGUUUACUUAUUUCUACUAAAUUAUGCAGCUCUUUCACUGAUGGCAGGUGGGCGUUCAUGAGAGGGUACUUUGUUUCCCCAGGGCAGAUUUACUUUUCCACCCAUUUGAUACAAUUCUGCUGUAUUUUCCAUAUCUUAUUAGCCAAUUUGACACCAUCGGAAGAACUCCAAACGUUUUUAAAAUCGGCUGAGAAGCGUCGCUAACAUCCACAUUUGUUUACAUUUUUCAUAGCUACUUCUUGUCCUGCAGCUGUUAGUGAUCCAUUUUUAAAGUAACUUAUCUUUUAUAGACUUUUGUAUCCAUGUAUCGAAAUGUAGAGUAUUUUUGUACAGUUUGGUUUUACAGCUCAUAGCACAGAACGUCGGCGUUUCCCGAAAGAAGACAAGCAGGUUCGAGGGCAACCGAAGUCGCCUUUCUCAGUUUGAAUUAGCACACGUUCAGGGACGCAACUGAGCGCUGCACUUACACGCAGGUCGGGGAGAGACGGUGUUUCCCUGACUGACUGAAGGCUUACCCAAGCUCUGCUACUGCACUUUAAUAUUGAGCGGUUUGACUUCAAAUCCAAAUUUCUGUGAAGAUUUUAUCAUGUACUUCAAAGUCUGUCUCAAUUGAAAGCUCCUUUGUCACUGUACUUUUCACUUAAAACGCAUCUGUACAUUUAAAUUCACUGUAUUUUUACACAUUUUCUUCCCCAUAAAUCUAUGUGUGAUAUUGGCGUGUAAACAUAAAGUCACUCUUAGCCGGUCAUAUUUUGAUUUUUUUCUACUUCGUUUGGGAGAUAGUCACACUUGGUUGUACAACAUUAGAAUGGUGACAAGGAUGGACACGACUGAAGCAGCCAUGAUAUCAUCAGCGAGACGGAAUUUUUAAAUUCCCUCGGAACAGGAAGGAUAAAUCGAUGUGAAGCAGAACAGCGUCCUUGGAAGCGUGCUGCCUUGCAAAAUGAGAAACGCUGGAGCCAAGAUGGCUUCUCCUGCUCGAGCAAUAGAGUGAGCUGAAGACAGGUGUUUGGGGGGGGGGUUUAUGUGUUGGUCACAUAUCUCAAAUGGCACUUUGACUCAUCCAUGAACUGUAGAUCAGGCGGUCGUGAGCAUUCCAUAAGGGGAGGAGUGAAAGAAAGCACAUGACGUGGGAGAGGACGUGUGCAUCCGCUUGCCUCCUGAAGCCAUACCAACACAGAAAGUCAUCCUGUGACUUCAGCUUUAUGAAUGUAAUUUUUACCUCACGGUGUGGACCAAUUAGAUUCAGAGAGCAUCUAUUUUGAGGCGCGGCAGGAGUGGCACCACCGUCGGCUGUGGUUAUCCGUCAGUUUUGUGGUGUGAAGUCAUUUUUUUUUUUUUUUUUUCCGAGCCACCCGGGACGCGCAGAGGAACCCUCCACCCGGCAGAGAAGAAUAAAUGGAUGAUAGCACACAGACUCGUGUCCCUCAGUUGUGUACGUGAACAUCCGUGUAUAUUUAAAUGUGAAGUAUACUGCAGGGGUAUACAUUUCAAUGGUGACGCUUUCAAAAGAACUUUGUGUGCCUUGAUAACCGUUACUUUGCUUUACCGGUGUCCCACCGAGUCAUCGCUAUUCGGCUCUGUUCCACUCAAAUCAGCGCCCGCACUAUUUCGACUCCUUUACCAACAAUUGUGAAGUGAAUCAGUAGAAAACGUAUAUUUUUUCACGCCUCAUGAGAUUUGUACCUGUGAGGUCAAAGGGACGAGAUUGUUUGAAUGGAAAGCUUUCUUGUGUUGAUGUGCUUGUCAACAUUACUAGUGUUGCUGUGAACUGCGUGACUAAAACAGAGCAGCCGUGAUGAGGUCACUAUACUUGCCAAUAGUGUGAGCUGUAUCCGUGUGUAAUCAGUUUACUCACCCUUCCCUGGUUUGUUUCGCUCUCAUCCUCCCUCGGUCGGGUUGUAUCUGUUCUAUGUAGCUUGAGCUUUAGUAUCUAGCCUUACAACCCUGCAGUAGGGACAAUGGUUGACCCCCACCCCCCCUCCUCUCCCCAGUGUGAUUAUCAAACAUCUGAACUAUUAUUAACAUGUACUUUGCCUUGGUCUGGACAUUUGUAUACUUCAGUUUAUAUCUGUAAUCCUGCUGCUACAUUAAAUCAAUUAAUAAAACCUGCUUCUGUUGCCAUGUUUGAAGCUGAAUUUAGACGGUAGAGUGGUGACCAAGAUCUUCGGUUGAGAUAAAAAUCAGAUUUUUUUUUUUUACAUUGUGAGAAGAUCUGAACGCAAUUGAAACGGGGAAAAGGAGAUCAGCUCUGACUGGCACAACAUUGGCUUCCAUGUCUGUCUGCUUGGUUUCUGAAGUUGCCAGCGUGGUCAACUUAACAUUACAUUGACUGUUAUGAGGGGCCGUCAAGCCAAAAGACGAGUUGAAAAUGUAACUUGAAUUUUGCCUCCGAAAUAUAAAACUAGGAAAAUUUUUAUUCUGUCAUCACUUAUAGGAAUAUCUGUUUUUUUCAGUGGUGAAUAACUUUGUAACACAACUGCAGGUAAAACAUGUAUAACAAGAUAGAUUUUUACAUAUUUGUUUACUGUGAAAGAAAAGACAUACUAUUAAAAUGAGCAUUGCUAACAAUUAUUUUAUUUAACUUUUCAUUUAACUACAGAGAAGGUGAAAAUAGACACACAAUGAGGGAAAUAAAGACCUAAAGCUGAGCUAUUGUUAUCUUGUGUCUGCAGUGCAAGAAGUGAGACAUGACCAAUGAAAUUAGAAUGAAAUAUCUUGUUUUUAGUCGACAAAUGUGUAGGAAAUCUUUUUUUAAAAAUCGAUAUAUAUAUACUGCCUGGCCAAAAAAAAGUCGCCACCAAAAAAAGGG